AUGGCAACUAAUCAAUUCAUCGGUUCAAGUGAGGGACCCGAUCCAGGUCUAGAAACAGUGGAUCUAGCAGACCAUGAAGGCGAAAACCCCCGGAAUAACAAGAUAGAGCUAACACAGUCUGCUGGCUACGACGGCUUGGGCUACUGCUUUCCCACUUGGAGAAAAUGGCAAAUCCUCUGCGUGAUGUUUUGUAUCCAAAUAUCCAUCAACCUGAACGCAAGUCUCUACGCAAACGGUGUCGCCGCGAUCUCCAAGGAGCACAAUGUGAGCGAACAAGUUGCGAGAAUCCCCCAGCUGACCUUUCUUUGCGCCUAUGCCUUCGGAUGCGAACUGUGGGCCCCUUGGAGUGAAGAACUGGGACGGUGGCCAACUCAGCAACUCAGCCUCUUCCUCGUCAACAUAUGGCAAUUACCGUGCGCUCUUGCUCCCAAUUUUGCGACUUAUAUCGUGGUUCGCCUGCUUGGGGGGUUGAGUACAGCCGGGGGGUCGGUGACACUAGGAGUUAUCGCAGAUAUGUGGGAGCCCGAUGACCAGGAAUACGCCGUUGCUUUCCUCGUGCUGUCAUCUGUCGGAGGCUCCGUUGUCGGCGCCAUCGUUGGUGGGUUUGUGGAAGACCGUCAUCCAUUGGCCUGGAUCUUCUGGGUUCAACUCCUUGCUGGCGGCUGUGUUCAGAUCAUGCAUUUCUUCCUGGUGCCGGAAACCCGAGCUACCAUACUGCUCGAUAGGAUAGCGAAGAAGAGACGCAAGGAUGGACCAGGAAAAGUCAAUAUCUGGGGCCCACACGAGAUUCACGGGUAUUCGCUCUCUCCUCGAGAUAUCUGGAGAGUAUGGAAACGUCCAUUCGUGAUGCUCCUCACUGAGCCCAUUGUUAUGUGGCUUUCGCUACUGAGCGGGUUCAGUGAUUCUUUGAUCUUUACCUUUCUUCAAGGAUUUCAACCGGUCUUUAAACAGUAUGGCUUUGGGACCAUUCAAAUUAGUCUUGCAUUUAUACCGCUGAUCAUUGGUUAUUUCCUCGCAUACCUCUCAUUCCUACCCUCCAUCCACAUGUUCAGACAAAGACGACGCAAGCAUGGCUCCGAAUCCGUUUCUCCAGAAGCGCGAUUGUGGUGGCUACUCUAUGUCAUACCCUGUCUGCCAAUUGGCCUAUUUGGCUUUGCAUGGACGACUCUGGGUCCAAAAUUUGUCCCUUGGAUCGCGCCUAUGAUCUUCACCUUGGUAAUCGGAAUUGCUAACUAUUCCAUCUAUCAAUCUUCUAUUGACUACACGAUUGCUGCAUACGGAGAAUAUGCAGCAUCUGCUACAGGAGGCAACGACUUCGCUCGCGACUUUCUUGCGGGAAUUGCAGCUAUGUAUUCUACACCGAUGUUCGAGAACAUAGGCCACACAUUUCCGUAUGCGUAUGCGUCCACAAUUCUUGCUGUUAUCUCGAUUUUUGUUACGACACCGAUCUACUUCUUUUACCGCAAAGGUCCUCAGAUUCGUGAGCGGUCACCAUUUGCAAAGCACAUGAUGGAGCUGAAUAAACAACGGCGACUUUCUCAGGUUGGCGAUUAG